AUGAAGUCACAUAAUCCACGCCGUUUCUACCUCAUCACCUACCCCCGCACCGGGUCAAACCUGCUGGUUCGGAUGCUGGGUUUGGAAAACCAAUCCGAUUUCAUUGCUGGAGAUGACCGUGGCGGGUAUAUUUUCUUGCCGACAAUAAAGUUGAUGACAGAUCUGGGUCUGCGUGCAAGGGGCGUGGCAGACUGGACGGCAGAUGAAAUCGAGCAAGUUAGACGGAGUUACCAGGAGUGCUUCGAAGGCUUUCAGGAAUACCUGGAAACAGCAUCAUCAGUACGCCGUUCCGUCUUCAUAAAGGAGCAUGUCCAUUUCCUGGUCGAACCUACAGCACUUAGUGAGCUGGUAUUCGGCCCAAACAGCAGAGCAAACGAGGUUCCAUGGACGAUGCAAAUCCCUGAAUCAUACGGUCCAGAUCCAAAACGAUCGUUUCUCAACCAGACGGUGUUGCCGGACGAAUUUCUCAAAACCUGGUCGCCAGCUUUCUUGAUCAGGCACCCUGCCCUUGCUUUCCCUUCAUUGUACCGUGCUCUAUAUGAGCUAGAGAGACCGGCCAAUGAAGAAGAGGCAGAUUCCCUUGGGGAACAUUGCAUGACCUUGCGCUGGACCCGAUCCCUCUACGAUUGGUAUUCACGGAACUUGACGGCAGCAGAAUCUUAUAUCGACGGCCGCGUUACUUGGCCCAUCAUCCUCGAUGCAGACGACAUAAUGACUGACCCGGACGUGGUUGUAAGAUUCUGUGAAAUGAUGGGUAUGGACCCCUCACAGCUUUGCUUUUCCUGGACUCCGGCUACAGUGAACCAGAAGACCCAAAUGGACCCAUUCACGAAGAGAUACCUAUCAACUCUUCUUGCUUCCGGUGGUAUUGUCCAGGGCAAAACAUCAACGACUAUAGAUCUUGAGAAGGAGGCAAAGAAAUGGCGCACGGAGUUUGGAGACCGCGCUGGCAGACGAAUCGAGCGGCUGGUGAAGGAGGCUAUGCCAGACUAUAAGUUCCUGAAGAGCAGGAGACUCACUUCCAGACCUUCUAUCCAGGAACCGCCCCCAGUCAUUCAUAUGUGCAGUGAAGUUGUUCGUCGUUGGACUUGA